UUUAAUUUGAUCCUAUCCCGAUGUAGUUUUGGGGAAUUUUGAUGGUGGGGCGGUCUUCCUUUUCUUCCUCCCCUUGCUCACACACCCACCCUUUCACCAGAUCAGACCAACUCAUCAUCCCACGUGUUGGCGUUUUAUAUAACCUCAUCCUCCCACCGCACCUUUUCAUUCAGCGGUUUGAACCAAAAAUUGAUUUCCUUUUCCUUUCCCCCAAUCAGUAAUUUCUUUGGGAGAUUUUCUCGGCCGCAAUCGUAAAUCUUUUUCUUGCCUGAUUGAUUGGCGGUCCGCGGAUAUGGAAUCGGAGGUGGUGGGCCCUUCAUCCGUGGUGGCGCUUCGCCUUAAUGACGCGAUGACCUGGUGGGACGCCGUCAACGAGUCGCCCUUAUGGCAGGAUCGUAUAUUCCAUCUGCUCGCCGCCCUCUAUGGGAUCGUUGCCGCUGUUGCUUUUAUACAAUUAGUUAGAAUACAACUAAGAGUACCAGAGUAUGGAUGGACGACACAGAAAGUAUUCCAUUUCCUGAAUUUCUUGGUCAAUGGAGUUCGUUGCAUAGUUUUCGCCUUCCGUCGGGAUGUCCAGAAGUUAAACCCUGAGAUUGUCCAACACAUCUUGCUUGAUAUGCCAAGCCUUGUGUUUUUCACGACAUAUGCUUUGCUUGUAUUGUUCUGGGCAGAAAUCUAUUAUCAGGCUAGGGCUGUAUCAACUGAUGGGCUGAGGCCUAGCUUUUACACUAUAAAUGGUGUUGUUUAUGCCAUUCAGAUAAUUCUGUGGUUAAUUUUAUGGUGGAAACCCAUCCGCAUACUGAUGAUUUUAUCCAAGAUGUUCUUUGCAGGUGUAUCUUUAUUUGCGGCCUUGGGGUUUCUUCUCUAUGGUGGAAGGCUUUUCUUAAUGCUACAAAGAUUCCCGGUGGAAUCAAAAGGACGACGCAAGAAGCUACAGGAGGUUGGCUAUGUGACCACAAUAUGUUUUUCGUGUUUCCUCAUUAGAUGCGUUAUGAUGUGCUUUAAUGCAUUUGAGGCGGCUGCGGAUCUUGAUGUCUUGGAUCAUCCUAUCCUGAAUUUUAUUUAUUAUUUGUUAGUGGAGAUCUUGCCUUCAUCUCUCGUUCUCUUCAUCUUGAGGAAAUUGCCCCCGAAGCGUGGGAUCACACAAUAUCAUCCAAUCAGGUGAUGGAUAUUAUAUAAUAGGCAAAUCAUGCAUUGCAUUUGGGAUCGAUAUCAACUUUCAUCCUCAAGUGGAAGUCCCUGAAAUGAGAAGAACCCAUGGUGUUUUUGUGAGCAAGGCCAGCUUACAGUGUCCUUUAUUUUACUUUACUUUACUUUACACUUUUAUUUGUUUAUUUUUUGGUUUAUGUGAUAGAGUGAAGUUGUGUUCAUAUAAGUUGCAUUGUAGUUGAAAAUAUAAAGUACGUGUGGUCUUUUGUGGUCGGACUUGUUCGUUUC